AUGGCUGGGAGUUGUGAUAAAUGGCAGCAGAGGAGCUCUGGUGAGAAGAAAGGGAUCCAGCUUCAGUUCAUCAAUGGCUCCAGCAGCAUAUCCACCACUAAAAACACCACCAUCCGUCUUCGGGACAUUUAUGAUCCCAAGCCGCAACCUCCCAAAGCUCCUGUUCGGAUCCGUCCUCCAGGUCCGAGAACUCCCUCAGUACAGGAACCCAGUGUAAAGCCCAAUGCGCCAAGCGAUCCUCCGGUCAAGACGAUCAUGAGGAGACGAGCACAGUCUCUUCCUUCGUCUGCAGAGAGGAAUAAAGAACUCAGGAGCCUGCAGGUACGCUUUGUGGACUCACUGGGCUUGGAGUUAGAGGAAGUUAAGGUCUUCAAAGUGCAAGAGCACCCCCUGAUUCCCCAACAUGUUAUGUUCAGACUACUGAUGAACUCUGAACUGGCUUUCGGGAGGUCAUUGGAGCUGUCCCUGCCUUACUUCAAACCUUGUUUCCCGGAAAAUAUGGGAGCUCAGCCAGACUUCCUGAAGCUUCUCUGCACUCAGAGUGUGUGUCUGCAGCAGGUUGUGUGUUCAGAGCAGGGAAUAACAGGCACUAUACAAGUACUUAAUUUAGCUUAUGAGAAAGAGGUCACAGUGCACUACUCUUUCACCAACUGGAGAGCGCACACGGAUACAACAGCGGUCUGGGUAUCAAGUGGGAGCUGCGAGGAGAGCAACUCUCCAGACACAGAUACUUUCAGAUUUCGUCUGCCAGUCCCACCUUUCAUUUUGGAGCCAGGGGCGAUCUUGGAAUUUGCCAUCUGCUACCACGUAAGAGGAUCUGACUACUGGGAUAACAACAAUGGGCAAAAUUACAAACUGUCAUGCCACAGCUACAAGGUGACUGUGCCAAGAGAGUGUGAGGACAGCAUGCUGCAUUUUACCUGA